AUGGAGCCGGGCGCAUGCACCCCGGAGCCGUGCUACCCAAAGAAUGGCAGCACCUCACUCAACAUCACGUCCGAUAGUGCUGGCGACCUCCUGGCCACCUCCUUCCUGGGCUGCAUCCUGGGCACCAUGUGCGUGGUGGGCACGGCAGGGAACAUCUACACGCUGGUGGUCACCACCGUCUCCAUGAGGCGCAGCGGCUCCAUGUACGUUUACAUCAUCAACUUGGCCCUGGCCGACCUCCUCUACCUGUCCACCAUCCCUUUCGUGGUGUGCACCUACUUCGUGCGGGAUUGGUACUUCGGAGACCUGGGCUGCAGGAUCCUCUUCAGCCUCGACCUCCUCACCAUGCACGCCAGCAUCUUCAUCCUGACCAUCAUGAGCACUGAGCGCUACCUGGCCGUCGCCCGCCCUCUGGCCACGCUGCGUGGAUCAAGGGACCGUCGGCGGGCGCUCGCCUUCCUGGCAUGGCUGGUGGCCUUCCUCCUUGCCCUGCCCAGCAUGAUCCUCAUCGACCUGCGCACCAGCCACCGCCACGGGGUGACCAAGCGUAUGUGCCACCCCACGUGGCGGAUGGGGCCUUACAAGGUGUACCUCACUGUCCUCUUCAACACCUGCAUCCUCGCCCCGGGCGUCACCAUCUGCUGCGUGUACGCCAAGCUGGCCAGGACCUACUGGAGGUCCCAGAGGGCUCUUGUUGCUCACGCCAAGCACGCCAGCCACUGUCCCAAGCAGAAGGUGCUGUACAUGAUCUUCAGCAUCGUGCUCGCCUACUGGGCUUGCUUUGUUCCCUUCUGGCUGUGGCAGCUCUUCAGCCUCUACUGGCACGAGCGUGGGGAGCGGGGCAGCUCCACCGUCGUCCCCAUCAACUUCCUGGUGACCUGCUUGGCCUACAGCAACAGCUGCGUCAACCCCUUCCUCUACACACUGCUCUCCAAGAACUACAGUGAGUACCUGCAGAGACACCACCGGGCUGCCCAGCGGGGCUCCUCUGCACAGCCACCAGCCCCCGUCCCACCCCCGGGGGGCUCCGGAGAGGAUGACUGUGGUCUGUGA